GAGUUGUCGUGUUCGAGACGAGAUUACUUGUGCCGGGUUGCCGAAAAAACUGCUCAACGAGGAUUGCUUAAAUACUGUGGUGGUUGCGCACUAUGCUGCCUCUUUUUGUUUUGAAGCCCAACACUCUUUUGUUCCAAUAUAUACACAUUCUUUGUCGAGAAUCUAGAUGAUCUCUCAUCCAUUCCUUCAUUCGAUCCAUUAACCCCUGUUGAGUUCAUCUCUUGGCAAGUUCCAAGUUGACUAUUCAUACCCGUUUUUGAACAUUUGAAACACCUUAAGUCGAUCACUAUGAAGUUCCUUCUUCCCAUUCUGCUUGCUGGUCCCGCUGUCAUGGGUCGGGCUUGCAAGGCCCCAAUCCCAAGCGCCGAUUCUGUUGUCCCAGUCCACGCUGCUCCCGUUUAUACUACUCUUGCGACCCAUGUAGCUGCUUCUAGCAAGCCUACUGAAGCAGCAAUCGAGCCUCAGGCUGUAUCCAGGGCCAAGGCCGUGUCCAAGCCCAAGCCCAAGUCUCAAACCAAGUCCAAGUCUAAGCCCAAGGCCAAAUCUCAGACUAAAGCCAAGCCCAAGUCCAAGGUUCUUGGCAAUGGCGCCUCCGUCUCUGGUUCAUCAACCUUCUAUGGCGGUAACCUCGCUGGCGGAAACUGCAUGUUUUCGACUUACACUCUCCCCGCUGGUAUCAUGGGAACUGCUUUCUCUGGCCAAGUGUGGGAUAGCAGCGCCAAGUGUGGUGCCUGCAUUGAGGUCACUGGCCCUCAUGGAACUAUCAAGGCCAUGAUUGUCGACAAGUGUCCCGAGUGUGACCCCGGCCAUCUCGAUCUCUUCCCCAACGCUUUCAAGGCCGUCGGCGGCACAAACGGCAUCGUCAAGACAUCUUACAAGUUUGUCGAGUGUGGCAUUACUACCCCUCUUGUGCUUCACAACAAGUCGGGCACUUCAGCCAACUGGUUCUCUAUUCAGGUUGUCAACUCCAACGAGCCCGUCAAUAGCGUCGAGGUUUCGGUGAAUGGCGGCAAGACUUGGCAAAAGACUCAGCGCAAGGACUACAACUUCUUCGAGAACCCUUCUGGGUUUGGUAAGACGUCUGUUGAUGUCAAGAUCACCAGCAGCACUGGCAAGACUAUUGUUGUUAACAAUGUUGGGGUGACUCCUGAUGCUCAGUACAAGGCCAAGUCCAACUUUUAGACUGGCCUUGGGAAUGUCUGUUGAGGUGUUGGUAUGACGGUUGACAUUUUGAGGUGGUUGGCUCUGGUGCACGAGGAGCAGCUGGCUGCUUAUUCUCGGACCUCGCCAAUUACCAUACCACAUGUUGACGAAGAACGUAUAACUUUAGAUUCGUGUAUAUAGUUGACCGGAAUGGAACUCAUAUGUUUAUAU